UAUUAUUAUUUAAUUUAUGGUUAGGAAUAGGAAUUAGCGUGAGGUUUUCCAUCGAUCUUAAGUAAAAUGAUAACAAUUAUUAAAAGUAUUUCUAGAAAUCUAACUAAUACAACGUUUUCUGUUGCAAAUCGGGUUUGUUACCAUCAGGGAUUGGCAAACUUUCAUUCUGGUACUGCAUUUAGGUGUGAAGCGACACAAAUUUCACCUGAAGAAUUAAAGAAACAGAAAAAUGAUCGAACAAAAAUUAUUCCUGUAGAGACAUCAAUGCGAUACCUACAGAGUUCCGCUUAUAAGGAAACAUACGGAGACCAUUUAGUCUGGGAACAAUAUCGGCGUAAUCAUAAAGGCUCUAUUCCACCUCGUAAAACGAGAAAGACUUGUAUCCGAAAAGGUGUAAUUUCUACUGGAAAUCCAUGCCCUAUUUGCCGAGACGAAUAUUUAGUUUUAGAUCACCGUAAUGUCGCAUUAUUGCGUCAGUUUAUAUCCCCGCAUACUGGUGAAAUUCUAAGUUAUUCUAAAACUGGUCUCUGUCAAAAGAAACAUUUCGACUUAAAGGUGGCCAUAUUGCGAGCUUGGGAUUUCGGUUUGAUUACCUUUGACGUUCCGUUUAGGGAAUUUGAUCUGGAAGAAUAUUACGGGAAAGUUGAUAAUAAAUAAUUCUUUCAUAUAACAUAAUUUCAUAACAUAUAUAUCUGUGAACAAGAAACAAAAUAAUGACAUCUUAUAACAAUGAC